AUGCCUGACAGCUACUCUCUGAGGGCCCAGCUGCGCCGUGUUGUGGGACAGCCUCCCCCUUUCACGCCCGCCAUCCGGCCAUUCCUGCAGACCAUCUCCAUCGGGCUGGUGUCCUUCGGGGAGCACUACAAACGCAACGAAACUGGCCUCAGUGUGACAGCCAGCUCUCUCUUCACUGGCGGCCGCUUUGCCAUCGACCCAGAGCUGCGUGGGGCCGAGUUUGAGCGGAUCAUACAGAACCUGGACGUGCGCUUCUGGAAAGCCUUCUGGAAUAUCACCGAGAUCCAGGUGCUAUCGUCUCUAGCAAACAUGGCAUCGGCCACCGUGAGGGUAAGCCGCCUGCUCAGCCUGCCCCCCACCGCCUUUGAAAUGCCGCUGACUGCUGACCCCAAGGUCAUGGUCACCAUCUCACCCCCGCUGGCCCACACCGGCCCCGGGCCCGUCCUCGUCAGGCUCACCUCCUAUGACCUACGUGAAGGACAGGACAGUGAGGAGCUCAGCAGCCUGGUGAGGUCCGAGGGCCCCAGGAGCCUGGAGCUGCAGCCACGCCCCCAGCAGGCACCCCGCUCGAGGUCCCUGGUAGUGCACAUCCACGGCGGCGCCUUCGUGGCUCAGACCUCCAAGUCCCACGAGCCUUACCUCAAGAGCUGGGCCCAGGAGCUGGGCACCCCCAUCCUCUCCAUCGACUACUCCCUGGCCCCCGAGGCCCCCUUCCCCAGGGCGCUGGAGGAGUGCUUCUAUGCCUACUGCUGGGCCAUCAAGCACUGUGGCCUCCUUGGCUCAACAGGUGAGCGGAUAUGCCUCGCAGGAGACAGCGCAGGUGGGAAUCUCUGCUUCACCGUGUCCCUGCAGGCAGCAGCCUAUGGUGUGCAGUUGCCAGAUGGCAUCACAGCAGCCUACCCCGCCACAAUGCUGCAGUCUACUGCACUCGAACCUAUAAUGCCUCUCUCAGUUGGAGUCCAUUUGCCCUUCCGUAAAUGA